AUGGAUGGGAGUCACUACAAGAACAUAAUACGUAAGGAUAUAGAUACCUAUCUUGAACUUUGUGAACCAUGUCAACAAAAGCAAGAAGGCAUAAAAAAGGGUAUUGUUGUUAAGCCUAUUAUAUCGUCAGAGUUUAACUCUAGAUGCCAAGUGGAUCUGAUAGAUUAUCAGUCCCAGCCCGACGGUGAUAACAAAUUCAUACUUGUUUUUCAAGAUCACUUAAGAAAAUUUGUUGUUUUACGACCACUCAAAUCGAAACGAGCUGAGGAAGUUGCCCACACUUUAUUGGACACAUUUACUCUACUUGGUGUUCCUGCAAUUCUUCAGUCUGACAACGGCAGAGAAUUUUCCAACCGAAUAAUUAAGAACUUAAAAACAUAUUGGCCUGCUUUAAAAAUUAUUCAUGGUAAACCCAGGCAUUCGCAAAGCCAGGGCAGUGUAGAAAGGGCAAAUCAAGAUAUUAAAAAUAUGUUGACCAUGUGGAUGUAA